AUGGACAAAAAAAGAAAGCAUCCAACAUACAUUGCUGGUGGUGAUCGUAUCUAUUGCUGUAAAACAUGUCAUUCCCAUUUGCUUUCUCAAAGAGACGUCAUUUCUAGAGCCUUUCAUGGAAGGCAUGGACCAGCUUACCUAGUGGAUAGCUUGAUCAACGUCUCGGCAGGCGUCAAGGAAGAUCGCAUGUUGCUUACUGGAAUGCACACUGUGGCAGAUGUCUCUUGCAAUGUAUGUGCCACAAAACUUGGUUGGAGAUACUUAGAAGCGGCCGAAGAAUCACAAAAGUACAAGGAAAUGAAAUACAUUGUCGAGAAGGCCAAGAUAUCUAGGGAAACAAUAUGGCAGAUACACGAAUACAUGCUGUAG